AUGAUGGACAUCAAUUCCCUACUUUCGCCGCAGGAUUCAAAUUCGCAAUCCGGGCGCUCCACCCCCUCCGUUGCUCCUGCUCCCGCUGGCAACGCAUCUGCUCCCUCCGCCGCCGCCGCUCCUAAACCCUUACGCAAGAAUCGCACGAAACAGGGCAUGACGUCCUCGCCGCUGGCGCAGCACGUUUACGCCCCGACAAAUAUCCCCGAACCCUCGCCGCCCUCCGUCAGUCCCUCCGUCGGUCCCAAUAUGGGCGGUGGAAAUGGAACCCCUCCGGCCGCAGACCUGCCUCCUUCCAGACAACCGUCGACCCCCGGCAUGGAUACGCUGGCCGACCUGGCGUCGAUGCAGCAUCAUCAGCCCCAACGAUCGAACGCCCCCAUCCUGCGAAGCACCGAGUCAUACAUAAGUCAACUCUCGCCGUCGACGAUGUAUCCGAAUGUCGGCUCUAUCAACCACAAUACCCCGACGCCCCGCUCGUCGUUCGAUAUCGCCAUGUCCGAUGGUCCUAGGGAAAGCGCCCGGAGGAAUUACGUCGAUACGUCCUUGGUGCCGAAUGCGCAGCGUCUGGCGACCGAGUUAUUCGUCCAGAUUCAAGAGAACCCCCAGUCCUACGAGGCGCACGUCAACUUCGUGCGACUCCUGCACGCCGGGUUCGUCAACCACGUCUAUCCGCCCAACAACCCGGAUAUUCAUGGCGACCCCCGGAAGUAUGACCUCCUAAAGGAUAUGAGAACGGCUCGGGAGGAGAUGGAUAAGCUCUUUGCGAUGGGCGAGGAUCUGUGGGCCGAGUGGAUCCAGGACGAGAGCAUGUUGGCCCACAACGUGGAAGAGCGCAUCGCGGUCAUGGAGCUCUGUAUGCGAUCCAUCGAGGAAGAGUAUGGCAGCACAAAACUGUGGAGUAUAUACGGGGAGUGGGUGCUGUAUCUGUACAACUCCGCCCACGGCGACGCCAGCCAAAGUCAUUGGACGGACGAGGAUCGGCUCGUCGGGCGCGAGGUAUUCUCCUGGCAGUCCGUCCUCGAAGUGUUUCAGAGAGGCGCCGAGGCCACGCUGUGGAGAAUCAACGACAGCCACCUGGUCUGGGAUCGGUUGUUGGAACUGCGCGUGCAGGAUCUGGCGCGCAACCCCUCCCAGGAGAAACUGGCACACGUGCGACACCUGUUUGACAUCCGAUUGCAGACGCCGCACGCCACCUGGGACCAGACGUUCCAGGCUUUCUCUGGGUUCGUUUCGACCUACUACAACGCAAGCUACGAAGGUAUCAUGGCCGAAACCGCCGAGCGAUAUGCCACGCCCAGCAAGGAGACGUACGCCGCACGUGAGGACUUUGAAAUCAAGCUGCGCAACGCCGCCGAGUCGGGCAACAUGGGCAUCGAGUGGACUAUUUAUACCGAAUACAUCGACUGGGAGCUCAGUCGCAACCGUCGGAAACGCCACUCGAAUUUUGAUCUGGUGAAUGCCAUCUACCAGCGCGCGGUGCUGCGAUUCCCCACCGACGCCAGCAUGUGGGAGGACUUUGUCAUGUUCCUCAUUGACGAAGCCAUGCAUGGGAACACGAAUACCACCACUAUCUCCACCCUCGAUCGAGCCACUCGCCAUUGCCCUUCCUCCGGCACGCUCUGGUCGCAGUACCUGAUCAGCUCGGAGCGAGAGGGCCAGUCAUUCUCCAAGAUUGCGGACAUCAAACACAAGGCCACCAGCACCGGUCUUCUCGACGUGGGCGGCAUGGAGGAGGUACUCAAGGUACAUACCGCUUGGUGCAGCUACCUGCGCCGACGGGCCUUCAUGUCGGACUCCACCGACGAGGAUCUGGACGUGGCCGAGGUCGGAAUCCGCUCCGCCAUCGAGAGCGUUCAGGAGCUUGGGGAAAAGAAAUACGGGCGCUCCUACCAAGGCGAUCCGCUCUUCCGACUGGAACGCAUCUACAUCCGGUAUCUAAGCGAGAGUGGCAGCUGGGAUAGCGCUCGGGAGACGUUCAAGGGUCUGGUUGGACGCCGGGGCAACAGCUACGAAUUCUGGCUGACCUACUACGAAUGGGAGCUGAUCUCCUGGAGCAAGUUUGUCCAGGGUGAGGCGACCGUCGAUGCCGCUCGCCGCACUCCCAACCCGAGCUACGCGACGGCGGUGUUGAAGCAGGCGAUCAAGCGAACGGAUCUCGACUGGCCGGAAAAGAUCAUGCAGACAUACAUCGCCCACUGCGAAGACUACGAAGAUUCGGACGAAUUGCAGCUGGCCAUCCUGGAGGCCCGCAAGGCGAUGCGAGCCACAACCGCACGACGCGAACGAGAGGCCCGAGAGGCCGCCCAGCAACAACAAGCGCAGCAGACGGCAGCGGCAGAGAUGGCUACGCACGCCGAAAAGCGCAAGCGUGACGACGAAGCCAAUAUUAACGGGCUUCCAACCAAGAAGCCCCGGGCGGACGAGCCCCCGGUUGCUGUCGUUCCCACCACCGAGGUAGAACCUGCCGCAGCCCCUCCUCGGGAUCGCGAGAAUGCCACCGUGGUGGUCAAGAACCUACCUCGGGGAAUUACGGAGCAUAAAGUCCGCCAAUUCUUCCGUCACUGCGGAACGAUCAACGGGCUGCAAAUGUUCCCCGGCGAAGGAAACUCGGAGGUUGCCAUCAUCGAGUUCAAUUCCAAGGACGAGGCUGCCGUUGCUCAAACCCGGGAUCAAAAGUUGAUCGAUGAAAACACCAUAGAAGUGCAUAUUGGAUCCGGCUCUACGCUCUUUGUCACCAACUUCCCCCCAACCGCCGACGAGAAAUACAUACGCGAUCUGUUCUGUGAGUUCGGCGAGAUCAUCGAUAUCCGGUUCCCGUCGCUCAAAUAUAACACGCAUCGCCGGUUCUGCUACGUGCAGUUUCGCGAGUCCGACCAGGCGUACCACGCCACGAGACUGGACGGGACGACGGUGGGCAAGAACCUCCAGCUGGUGGCUAAGAUCUCCGAUCCCUCGCGCAAACAGGACCGAUCCGGCCCGAUGUACGAGGGACGGGAGGUGCACGUCUCGAAUGUGGACUGGAAAGCCAGCGAAGACGACUUGAAGGAGCUAUUCUCGAAGUACGGGACUGUGGAGUUGGUGCGGAUUCCGCGCAAGGUUGACGGCGGAAGCAAGGGAUUCGGCUAUGUCAUAUUCCCCUCUCAGGAAGAAGCCCGUGCGGCGCUUGCGCUAGACGAACAGGAGUUUCGAUCGCGACCUCUCCAUGUGAAGCUUUCCGCGCCCCAGGGUCCCAAGCGAAGUGCAACGACCAUUGUCUCCCGCGUGGAGAAAUCCCAGUCACCGGCAGCCUCCGAGGCAAACGGCACGAAGCAAGGGUCUGGCGACGGCGACGGCGCCAGCGGCGAACGGGCAGCCCGGACGCUCGGUCUGAUGAAUGUUCCGGAUACAGUCAAUGAUGCACGCAUCCGCAGUCUGGCCGAGCCGUACGGAAAACUGGUCAAAAUCAUUCUUCGACCGGACCACCAAGGAGCUAUCGUCGAGUUUGUCGACGUGCACCAUGCUGGCAAGGCCUCCUUGGAGCUCGAGGGCCGCGAGAUCGCGCCAGGUCGGAAACUACACGUGGGGACGGUGGCCGAGAUGCUUCGACAGUCGGCGGACAAAAAGCACAGCGGGGCUCCCAGCAGUCAGCCGAAAGGAAACAAGCCCCAGGGCUUUCUCCCAGCCAGUAGACCCGUCAGCCGACCGCCGCAGCCCGGAGCGCGCGGCGGGAAGCGUGGAGGACUAGGCGUGAAGCGAGGCGAGAAAAUGACGACGACGACAACCACGACGACGACGAUGACGACCGAAAGCGCAUCCCCGGGCCCGGGGCAAAGCACGAAAAAGAGCAACGAUGACUUCCGAGCGAUGAUCCAGCGGAGUCAAGCUGAGUGA